GUCCGCGUCGCCGUCGCCGGGCUCGGUCGUCCGGCUCUGCCGCCGCCGGCGCCGCUUCGCCUUCUCGGCGUCUGAGGCGGUCGCCAGGCGGGCGUGUGAAUUUUCCUCCUGCCGCUGCCGACCCCGGGUCAGGACCAUGUCCCGAAAGCAGGCGGCGAAGAGCCGUCCCGGCAGCGGCAGCCGGAAAGCCGAAGCCGAGCGCAAGCGGGACGAGCGGGCCGCGCGUCGGGCCCUGGCCAAGGAGCGGCGGAACCGGCCGGAGUCCGGCGGCGGCGGCGGCUGCGAGGAGGAGUUCGUCAGCUUUGCCAACCAGCUGCAGGCCCUGGGGCUGAAGCUGCGGGAGGUGCCGGGGGACGGCAAUUGCUUGUUCAGAGCUCUUGGUGAUCAAUUGGAGGGACACUCACGAAAUCAUCUCAGGCACCGACAGGAGACAGUGGACUACAUGAUAAAGCAGCGGGAAGAUUUUGAACCCUUUGUAGAAGAUGACAUUCCUUUUGAGAAACAUGUGGCCAGUUUGGCAAAGCCUGGUACUUUUGCUGGCAAUGAUGCAAUUGUAGCCUUUGCAAGAAAUCAUCAAUUGAAUGUGGUGAUUCAUCAACUUAAUGCCCCUUUGUGGCAGAUUCGGGGCACAGAUAAAAGCAAUGUGAGAGAGUUACACAUCGCAUAUCGGUAUGGUGAGCACUAUGACAGUGUACGGAGGAUCAAUGACAACUCUGAAGCACCUGCACAUCUCCAGACAGAUUUUCAGAUAUUUCGUCAAGAUGAAUCAAAUAAAAGAGAAAAAAUCAAGACAAAAGGAAUUGACUUCGAAGAUGACCUGAGAGAUGAAGUAGAGGAUGCUGUUCAGAAAGUCUGUAAUGCCACGGGAUGUUCAGAUUUUAAUUUAAUAGUCCAGAACCUGGAAGCUGAAAAUUAUAAUAUUGAAUCUGCAAUAAUUGCCAUGCUUCAAAUGGACCAGGCGAAAAGAAAUAAUGCAGAGGAGAAUCUUGAGCCCAGUGGUCGAGUGCUAAAGCAAUGUGGCCCUUUAUGGGAGGACGGUGGCAGUGGUGCCAGAAUCUUUGGAAAUCAGGGCUUAAAUGAAGGCAAGGCUGAAAACAGUAAGGUAUGGGCCAGCCCUAGUGAAGAAGACAAAGCAAAUAAGAACCAGCUGCCAAAGGUCACAAAUAAACAGAAGAGAGAGCAACAGCGGCUGGAGAAGAAGAAACGCCAGGAGGAAAGGCACCGUCACAAAGCCCUGGAGAGAAGUAGCCUCAGGGACAACAACAGAAGUGAAGCGGAUGCGAACACACAGGUCACCUUGGUGAAGACCUUUGCUGCUCUCAACAUCUGACACCCUGGCCUCCUGGGAGUAAAAUAAAAGCCGGUGGAAAAUGGAGUGCUGCGGAUCAGGCUUUCCAGUGAGGCCGUCCUUUUACAAAAUGAAACACAACCAAGAAAACCCAUACCUAAGCUCGCACACAGAGUUAGUUUCUUUCAGGCUGCCUGUUUUUGGUUCAGUUUUAUCAGUGAUGUGUUUUGUUUAAUGAAAGUACAGUGAAGCCAUUCAUACUGUGUUAUACAAAUAUAAAAUACUGAGUUUUAGAGGCGGAUGAAUAGGUCAGGAAAAAAACCUUUGAAGUGUGGCUUUAUUUACCCUGAAAAUUGGAGUUUAGUGACCCUGGGAUCUUUCCUUAACAUUUGGGGUGAGUUUUGCUAUAAUUGUUUGUGAAGUAGUUUAGAAUAAUUGUUAGAAAUUCAGAGUGACAAGUUUCCUUGGUUUCACUGUCAUUUUCAAACAGAUAUUAACGUAUAGAGUCGUUUAUAAAUGAUCUCCAACUCAGGAACCUGUGAGAUUUAAUUUUCUUCUGAUCCAAGUUACUCAGAAAAUAAUUCAGGAAUUGUUUUCCCAAGUAAUAUGAUAUGAGGGUGUGGCCUGUAGUCAGGAUGGAAAUUAAAAAAAACAAACCUAUACUUCUUUUCUUCCUGAGGCUGAUGUCACUUCGUAUGGGCUGCAGGUGCUGUUAAUUCAUUUGCACUCAAGCCAUAUGAUCAAUGCACCUGACUGUUAAUUGGGCCUGGGCAUUUCUGGGAGGUUGACAGUGUUGUCUAGUCUUUGGUUCUUACUUCCUGACAACAGGAAGAUGAUGGGUUACCGCUUGUGAUGCAGUUUUGGAAUUCUAUAGAGCAGGGUCUGUAGUUGUAGAAGGAGAACGGGAUUCCUGGGGUUUUACCUAGGAGGAGUAUAAAGAAUUAUUUGCUUUUAUGGGAGGAGAAAUCUGGAAGAAUAAGGUUUUUCAUGUUCACAUGAAAUACCUAUUCUCUAUUAUUCUAGAGUUAGAAAGAUGACUUCAAGAAAUAAAUAUAAUCUGACCUUAUAGGUUGGUAAACGUUCUUAGUAUUUUAGAAAUGAAAUCUCAUAAAAUGUCACUUUUUUUUUUUUUUUAAUUUAAGCCCUGUUGUUUCUUUUGAUUUUGAGAAAACUUUCCAGCAUCUACCAGAAGUUGUCAGUGACUUAGGUUGGACAGCAUGGAGAACAUAUUUUGGUUAAAGCUUUUGAAUGACUCUAUAGUUCUGAAAUAGACAGAUUUGGGCAAUGGAGAGAUGGCAUUCCAAAAACGGAAUUAGGUGGACAUGAACUGUAAAGCUGUAACGAAUGAGGUGAUCAAUCUUGGGCAGUCUUUCCCUUUGGGGGACCUAAUAUUUGGGCAAAGAAUAUAUGUUGAGUCAAAAGAUAAAUUAUUAGUUGUUUCCCCUUCCCCUCAAAUUUUAAAAUUAUAAAAAUUUGGAGACAAAGGUAAAACUAAAAAUGUUUCAAUGUGUAUAGACAUACUGGCUAGCGGGCCCUGCAUUCAUUGACUUGUCCAGCAGGCCAUUUGCUUCCUACAGUUUUAAUGAUGAUGCCUUUUGAUUUUUUGUUUGUCAUUGGUGGCCUUCUGUGGAUGGAACAUCAGUAGUCUCUUGAAAUGGUUCCCAGGACAUUGUGGUUUGGGCUUUUUUCUGGGUACAUUACUUUGUAGUAUUUAGUAGGUUUUAAAAACCACACAUUUUUUUCCUCUGCACAUUGUGGGGUCCUAAGUUUGAGGCUCCAGUGCGGUACUCAAUCCAAACAAGUGAAGGCUCUCUGUGGCCUUCCUCCAAGGGAGUGGGAGCCAGUGCUUCAGCAUCUCUACUCUCUUGGCUUGCAACUCCGGGCAGAUUCCUGACUGGCAGAGCUUGUCUGAGUGAACACUUCCCUGUCUGUUUUGUGCUGCUUGAGUACAGAAGAUCAGAUCCUGUCUGAUCAAAAUGGUGUACCAGAAAUUCAGAUGUAGGAUUCAGAAACAGAAAUAGUAGAAUGGCAUUAAAAAUACUUGGUUAAUGAAGGUGGCCUUGAGCCUUGUUGUGUUUUAGAAGGUGCUAAAAAGUUAUUAAAGAAUAUUGGGAACAUUUGUUUAUAAAUUACCUAAUUCUGAUAAUAGCAUUUCUGGGUAUAACAGUGGUUUUAAAAACUAAUCAUAUGUCCUUAGUAAUUUUCUUUUAUUACAUUUCACAGCUUUCCAGUUAUAAUUGGUCUGGGUUUAGUAUGUUAAUUAUUAGGAAUGAGCUACAUGCAGCCAACUUCAAUAUCUUUUAGCCUGAGGGUUUGAAUUUUGUCUCCACUGCUUUAGUCUCACUGCAGGGUGUAAGAUAGAUGGAAUCCAUAUGCCUAGCUGCCUUAGUGGGCACGUGAAAAUUCUUCCAUUGGCAGCCAAGUGGAGGCCAAGUGUGUUUAGUCUUGGGGUGACUGUUGACAGUGACUGUUAACCCUAGUGCAGUUACUCACGUGAACUCUGUCUUACGAGCUCAGUCUGUCUUCACCUCUGUGUUGCAUCUUGGCUGAUAGAGAUUUCUAUUACAUGGGAUUCUGUCUUGGUAGCUUUAUAGUGUGGCCAGGAGACAGAAUAGGGCAGUGGUGUGUGCUUAGCUACUUACUGGUCUUAUAAACUGUAUAUAAAGGUUUUAUGGAUUUUAAAAAAAGAUUUUUUUUACAAGUCAAAAUAAAUAAAACUUUAGUGGCAACAGCUUUGAAUUAGAGGGGUAGAUACAUUAAAACAACAUAAAACCACAACUUCUAACUAACAUAGUUGCCACCAGGAGAUAUUAGAAGGGUAGAAUGUGUAUAGGUGUAUUUAGUUUUUCAAUAAUAGGAAUGUACACUUUUAGGAGCAAAGUAUGGUUGAGGAAUUGUGGCAGAAAGAAUUUACAUGGUAAAGUUGUCUGUCUCUUAUAAGCUCUGAAAACACUUCCAAUGCCAUUUUGGUUCUGAGGGCUUGUGAAGUGGAAUCUCCCUUGCAGGGCAGCUAGAGCUGGGCUUGGAGGGAGCCUUUCUGCAGGUGAUUCGUAAGGCUCUGCCCUUUUCCCCCAGGAAACUUGUACAAUGUGAAACCAUAGGAUUGUGGGGGGCCGGAGGAGGGCAUGUGAAGUCGGGCACAGAGCUGCUCACAAAUGAUGGAGAUGAGGUGGACUUUGGCACCGAAGCUUGUAGUGAGUCCCUGUAGUCAAUGUGCAAUUUCUCUCAUUCUGAGAAACUCUUUAGACUCUGCCUGGGUUUUACUGGGUCAACAUAAAAUGCCCUCAGUUUACCUCUGAAAUAUCUGGUCAGUUAAAGGAAGCUUGGAUUCCUCAUCAGUGGUGACUGAAAGCCACGCUGAUCAAGGGUCUUUGCUGGCUGGGGGAAGAGAAUAGAGCUUCCUGCUUUUAGUGUGUCCAUUGGUGGCCCUCUCAGACUCUCCUUUGGGUAGGUGCACAGCUUGUCACCUUUUUACCUCAGGGCUCUGCCUCGCCAUUUUGAACGUUUAGAUUUGGAGUCUGAUGCCUUUGUUCUGUUUUGCCAUUCAUGUUAUUUCUAGUUUCAUUCAUCUCAGCUUUCAGAACAGGUGUUAUUAAUGCUCUGGGGCCUUUGACAGUUGUUCUGAGGUGAUCUAGUAAUGGCACUUUUUAUAAGAUGGCUCUAAAGUAAAUUGUGUUUGUCCACUGAUGUCAUUGAAUUGAAGAUCUAGAUAGCAUGUUUAAACUAUAAAAAAUCUGUCAUCGCGUAUGAGAAAGGGGAAAAAUCAGUAAUUUUAGGGAAGUGGAGAUACUAGGGAGCACCAAUCGCCAAGUGCAUGUACAGUGUGUGACUGUGCUGCUGAGCUGGGCCAUGAGAAAGAGCUGUGCCUUGAGGGUGGUCCAGCCCUCUUCUGUCCCACGGUAAAAUUCCCCUGUAACCUCAUGCCCUUAACUGGUUCUUCUAAGUGGUGGCUGUCUAGUCUCUAACUGCCCUCAUCAGGACUACUUUGUAGUAUAAUGCCAAUGUUUAAUAUCUUUGCAGGAUUUACUUGAGAAGGGGCUGGAAGCAGUGUAAAUGAUCUAAAAGUGUGAAUUUUGGCAUAGUGAAUUUAUUUUCAGCAGGGCAUCCCUGUGGCACAGAGCUGCUCCUGCUCGUGGCAGGUAGUGAUCGCUGGACUAAACCACAGUCGGGCGCUUAAUCUGCACGUCAGCAUCCUGCAGGUCUCUCUUCCCAGCCAUCCAUGACAAUCAUUUGAGCUCAGUCACAGACCUCAGCUGGGGGUUUCAUCCCUUGGCAGGUCCCUUGAGUGAUGCUGGUGAGAGGUUUCUCCCAUUUUCCCAUUCCUGUGGCUCAUUUUUCAUGGUAGGAAGGGCCCAUGGCCUUCCUAGCUACCCUUCCAGCAUCCUUCACCAGCACUAAGCUCAGAGGAAAUUUGAAGAAAAGAGCCAGGAGUCAGACUUCACCCCUGCCUGCUCCCCUUCUAAUGUGGAAGCGUUCGCAAGCGUCAUCCCCUUUACAAAGGAGGGUGAGUCUGUGGAGAAAGGGCCUUCUCUUUUUUCUAUUUGCACUAUAUACUUGUUGUAGCUUCAGUCUGGAGAUAUCUAAGACCUCCGUGGGGUCAUGAUCCAUAGACUCAGCAAGUCUUGCCUUAUCUAUGGAGCUUGAUGGUGAGAAAUGUGACCGUUGUCUGAUGUCCAUAGUUCGUUUCCCACAUGUUGUUUCUUUCGACAGAUUGUGUUCAUCUGAACCAUUUUAUUUUUUAUUUACCAAAGUACUGUACUUGGCUAUUUGCAGUGUUUUCAAAACCAAAUGUUUCUUUCUUUGUGUUUUUAAUCUUUAAUACUUGGUGCAAUAGAAGCUGCAAAGAUGUGCCACUUUAUCUAUGAAAUGGAGUUUUGUAUACCAAUAAAUUCUAGUUUAAAAACAAA